AAUACAGACUUGCACACACAGCAUACAGAGAGAGGAGAGGAACAGAGGAAGGCUGGGGAUAUAUAUUUAUAUUAUAUAAACAUGAGCGCCCAAAUCCAUAUGAAGGAUCCGAUCUGCCUGAUAGAGAACAGGAACAGCAAUGAGUUUGUGAUUAAUACAGAAGCAGAACAGAUUCUGUCUCAGAUCACUGAUCCGGUGGUGGUUGUGGCGAUUGUUGGGAAAUACCGGACAGGGAAAUCUUAUCUGAUGAACAAACUGGCAGGAAGGAAAACUGGUUUCCCUUUGGGAUCCACCAUUCAAUCAAAGACUAAAGGGAUCUGGAUGUGGUGCGUUCCUCACCCUUGCCGACCCUCACACACCCUGGUGCUGUUGGACACAGAGGGACUGGGGGAUGUGGAAAAGGUGAGCUAA